CUAGUGACAGUCAAACAUAUGGUGGAGAUUACAUAGAAAAGUGUAGUGGAAACUGUUUGAAUGGUGAAACAUGUGAUCGGUUUACAGGAAAAUGUAGUUCUUGUUCUGCAGGAUGGAAAGGUCCAAUGUGUAAUAUUUCAUGUGAAAACGGUGAAUAUGGGAAAGACUGCUUAGAAGACUGUAAUGAAAACUGUUUGAAUGGUGAAACCUGUGACCGAUUCUUUGGAAACUGCAGUAACUGUUCUGCGGGAUCGAAAGGUCCUAUGUGUAAUGUGUCAUGUGACAGUGGAGAAUAUGGGAGAGAUUGCUUAGAGAAGUGUAGUGGAAACUGUUUGAAUGGUGAAACAUGUGAUCGGUUUACAGGAGAAUGUAGUUCUUGUUCUGCAGGAUGGAAAGGUCCAAUGUGUAAUAUUUCUUGUCACAGCGGAGAAUACGGAAAAGAUUGCCUAGAAAAGUGUAGUGGAAACUGUUUCAAUGGAGACACCUGUGAUCGCUUUAAUGGAAGCUGUAAUAAUUGUUCUGAUUUAUGGAAAGGUGUACUCUGUAACACAUCUGUAUGUUUGCCGGGAACAUAUAUGAUAUCGGAUACCGAAUGUCAUAAGUGUCCCAUUGGCGAGUUCCAGGAUGAGAUUGAUCGAACUUCCUGUAAGAAAUGUCCUCUGGAGCAGAACACAACAGAAACUACAGGCGCACGUUCCGAGAGUUAUUGUAUUGCCUCUUGUGAGGAUGGCACCGAGUUUAACCGAAAUUCUCGCACUUGUAAGGAGUGUCCAAAAGACUUUUAUACCAACAGGAGUAUCUCAGAGUACUGCAUCAUGUGUCCCACAGGGUACAUCACAAAUGGAUCCAAGUCAGCUUCGUGCUUCAAGCGACAAGAAAAUAUAACAAGUACUCCCAUACCACCGAAAGAGCAGAAAUAUUCAUUUAACCUUAAAUACAGAGCGAAUGUCAAUUGUUCAGAUGAAGAAGCUAAAAAUGCGCUCUUGCAACAAAUAAGGAAAAAAGUAAUCGGUCGACUUAUUGAAUUAGCAAAGCAGUAUCCUAGUAUGUGCAACAGAGAAAACGUUAGUGAGUGCUUUCAAUCGGUGAAGAUAGGUUUAAAGGCAUGCAAGGCAACAAACAGGAAAAAGAGAUCCAUGGAUUCUUUUGGUUUAGAUAUUACAGGAGACAUUCAAGUCAAAAGUCCAACAGUAACAGAUAGUAAUAAACCUGCAAAAAUUGUUCAAACUGAAACAGUUCUACAGGAGGACAUAGACACACAGAAAACAGAAUAUUCACCACAGGGAGUAACAUUAAUUGAUUCAACAUAUAUGGGGAAAAUAUAAAAUGUACAAAUGGCACUGUCAUUAUGGCGACAAUGUGACCAUUGCAAAGAAGAAACAUGCCAUAAAUCUACGAUGGAAAUACAUGAGAAAUGUCCAAAAUACAUCUAUCGGGAUAGCACAUGACAGGGAGUGUUAAGCUUUGUCCUUUAAUCAAUUUUGCCUUGUCAGAAGGUUCAAUAUCACAAACUCUGUGUUUGGACAAUUUUUAAUUUUAAAAAAAUGGUACGGUACACUUGUGUCGUAGAGGAUAUGACUUAUGACUUGUUGGCUGCUCUUCGUAAAGCUGUUUUAAUCUUUCAAUAUGAUGCAGAUGUGUACAGGUUUAUAAGAUGUAAAUAAUCAUCGCUUACAUGUACAGGGUCAGCAAGUUAGAGAAACUUAUAGAGGAAUAAUUACUUUCUUAGACAUUAUCGUAAUUUCGAAUAUGUUAUUUUCAUAAGAAUUAACAUGUUUUGGUAUUGUUCAUUAAACAUUCAUUCAUUG